AGAGAGAACAACGUGCGCCGCGUGUUUCCAAUAAAUUAGGAGCUCCGGGGGACUUUUACGCGCACAGGUGAGGAGUUGGAUGCGCGCAUUUUGGGGGAUACAGCUUGAGGAAGGACUGCGCAAUCAGAAGGCCAUUUCGGAUUUUAUUCAUGACGUUUAUCAGAGCAGCGCUUUGGAUAAAUACCAGAGAUUUGUAACAACCACAUGGUUGGAAGUGAGGCGCUUCAAAUGGACGGUGGUAAUUGCUCCAGCUCGGUGGUGGAUGUGGAUGACAGCCCGGUCUCCAGUCCCAGCUCCAGCCCCAGUCCGGACGGCCGCCGCCGCGGUGAGCUGCACCGGCCCAGGGCGCUGCAGACCGGCGCGCUCGGGGGCCGGGGACGCCCGGCGGCGGCCAACGCGGCGCGGGAGAGGAGCCGCGUGCAGACGCUGAGGAACGCGUUCUUGGAGCUCCAGAGGACUUUACCGUCGGUACCGCCGGACACCAAGCUGUCCAAACUCGACGUGUUGAUACUAGCCACCACCUAUAUUGCCCAUUUGACUCGAACACUGCAGGAGGAAGGCGCGGAUGAAGGAGAGAGCACAAAACAAACAGAAGCGUUACACUCACUGAAAGGUGAAGGAUACCUGCACCCUGUAAAGAAAUGGCCAAUGCGAUCCAGAUUGUACGUCGGAGCAACUGGACAGUUCCUGAACAAUCCUUCCGACUCAGAGAACCAAGGCCCGUCCUCCUCCUCCACUCAAUAGGCCGACAUGAGUUGUAGCCAUGAAAGCGACAUGAAAUUUGCAUGAGCUCAAAAAAAAAAAAAAAAAAACACAACGAAAAA